AUGAACGCUGUGGAGCGCAUUCUCGAGUACACCACUCUGCCCACCGAGGCGCCAGAUGUGGUCCAAUCCCGCCGCCCGCCUGCGGACUGGCCGCAGCAAGGAGUGAUAGAGGCAGAGGGAGUGGUGGUGAGGUAUCGCCCAGAGCUGCCCCCCGUGCUGAAAGGACUGACCUUCUCCAUCCGGGCAGGUGAAAAGGUGGGCGUGUGUGGGCGCACAGGCAGUGGAAAGACAACGCUAACCAUGGCGCUGUAUCGAAUAGUGGAGCUGAGUGCAGGGAGGAUAGUGAUCGACGGCAUUGAUGCGGCGAGCAUUGGGCUGUGGGACUUGCGGUCGCGCCUCUCCCUGGUGGCACAGGACCCCGUGGUCUUCUCCGGCACCAUCCGCUGGAACCUCCACCCCUACACUGCUGUCGCAGGGGGGGUGGGGGAGGACGAGAAUGCCAGCAGUGGGGGACAUGGGGAGGGGAAGGGCGACAGAGGAAGGGUGCGAGCGGAUGUGGAGUUGUGGGAGGCGCUGACGCAAGCAGGCGUGGCGGAUGCCGUGCGGGCGUUGCCAGGUCAGCUUGACGCUGAGGUGGCGGAGGGAGGGGGGAACCUGAGUGUGGGGCAGAGGCAGCUGCUGUGCCUGGCACGCGCACUGCUGCGGCGCUCGCAUUUGCUUGUGUUGGACGAGGCUACAUCGAACGUGGACACAGCGACAGAUGCGGCGGUGCAGGCAGCGGUGAGGGGAGGGGCGUUUGCAGCGUGCACGGUGAUCACCAUCGCUCACCGCCUGCACACCAUUGUGGACUGCCAUCGGGUCAUGCUGCUGGAGGACGGCCAGGUGGCAGAGCUUGAUUCGCCGGCUGCGCUGCUGCAGGAGAGGUCAUCGAGGUUCUCAACAUUUGUGGAUGCCACCAUGCCACGGGAGGCUGCUGCUCUUCGCAGAAUCGCUUCGGCGAAGUCGGUGGCGGCAAGCGAGGGAUGA